AACGCGAUUUAUAAAGGGUCGAUAAUGUUCAAAAAAUCCGGAGCUCAUCCGCGUAGUGGUUGGGUCCAGUGUCAUUAGUUCUCUUUAGUGUUUGCCAAUGUUGGAGGUCUGGCCGCGGACAGAGAUAUAGAGCAUGGCUCAAGUGAAAGUGCAGACCUCAGCACACGCCGUGCCUUCUAUCAACGGCACUCUGCCCACCGUCCUACCAGCUCCUCCCCAGGAUAACAUGGCAAACCCUAAAGAGAAAACACCGAUGUGUCUGGUGAAUGAAUUAGCUCGUUUCAACCGGAUCCAGCCGCAGUACAAACUGCUGAACGAGCGGGGGCCUGCACAUGCCAAGAUCUUCACUGUACAGUUAUGUUUAGGUGAGCAGGUUUGGGAAGCUGAAGGCUCCAGCAUUAAGAAGGCUCAGCAUUCAACAGCCAGUAAAGCUCUGACAGAGAGCUUGCUGCCCCGCCCCCCACCACGCAUCAUGAAACCAGACACACACACCAAUCCAGGCAGCAUCACUCCCACCGUGGAGCUGAAUGGAUUGGCGAUGAAGCGAGGAGAACCGGCUGUCUACAGACCACUGGAACCCAAACCCCUCCACAACUAUAGGGCCAAUUACAACUUUAGAGGAAUAUUCAAUCAGAGGUAUCACUAUCCAGUCCCCAAGGUGUUCUACGUGCAGCUGACUGUCGGCAGUAACGAGUUUAUUGGCGAAGGUCGAACUCGCCAAGCGGCUCGGCACAACGCGGCCAUGAAAGCAUUGCAGGCACUGAGGAACGAACCCAUACCAGAAAAGCUACCACAGAGUUUGGAGGAGAAGAAAAGUUCGGAGGAGGAGAGCGAUGCAAAUAAAUCCGAAAUCAGCCUGGUGUAUGAGAUUGCACUGAAGAGGAACAUGCCUGUGAAUUUUGAGGUACUAAAGGAGAGCGGCCCGCCGCACAUGAAGAGCUUCCUGACCCGCGUGACGGUGGGCGAGUUCUCGGCUGAGGGUGAGGGCAACAGCAAGAAGCUCUCGAAGAAGCGUGCCGCUUUUUCCAUCCUGCAAGAGCUGAAGAAGCUGCCCUUCAUCCCUGUGGUGGAGAAGCCCAAAGUGCAUUAUAAGAAACGGCCAAAGACCAUACUCAAGGUCUCCUCACAGGCAGGGCCGGAGUACGGUCAAGGCGUGAACCCCAUCAGCCGACUCGCACAGAUCCAGCAGGCUAAACGAGAGAAAGAGCCCGAGUACACACUGCUCUCCGAGAGGGGCCUGCCACGCCGCCGAGAGUUCAUCAUGCAGGUGAAGGUGGGUGAUGAAGUGACCUCAGGAACAGGGUCGAAUAAAAAAGUUGCUAAACGUACAGCUGCAGAGGCGAUGCUGCUCCAUCUGGGCUACAAAGCAUCCACGCCUAUUCAGAACACACAGGAGAAGGCACACAUGGACAACAAAAGCUGGAAUGGACAACGGGCCACUUUCCCUGAAGCCACCUCUAACACGCAGAAAGGAAUCCUCCACCUCUCGCCCGACGUCUACCAGGAGAUGGAGGCCAGCAGGAAUAAAGCUGGCGUCGCCCCCUCCGUCACCCCUAUGACCCCCGUGACCUCUGUGACCUACAUGAACCCGAAAGAAGUGAGCCAGGCACCGUUUUACAACACUACCGUCUCCAAGACAGCCGCCAUCGCACGGGAGCUGCUGAGCAAAACGCCAAAAACACCUAUAAUCCCCUGCAGCUCUGUUCAGCCAUCACAGCAGCUCGAGUACCUCGCUCAUAUUCAGGGCUUCCAGGUGCAAUAUACGGACAGACAGACAGACACGGAGUUUGUGACGUAUCUCACUCUCUCCCCUGUUCAGAUGACGUUCCACGGCAUUGGGAGUUCCAUACAGGCCAGCCAUGACCAGGCGGCUCUGAGUGCCUUGAAGCAGCUUUCAGAACAGGGACUCGACCCGGUGGAUGGAGGGGUCAAGGUGGAGAAUGGCUCCUGUGAAAUACCAAUGAAGCAUCCAGACGCGAAACAGUCUAACUCAGGCUCUCAGGACUGCGCAGAUCCGAACGCUGUCGCGUAGAAACCGAUUCUCAGCGAACGCCGCCGGAUCGCUUCGGAACGUCGAAACGCACCAGGGUGGAUGUGUCUCAACAACACGGCGUAGAACAACACACACUCGCUCUCAGUCUAUGUGAAGACAACACUAUCUUAACCUUUAGUUAUUAUGGAAAAAUAAUUAAAUCUCUAAUUAUUGUUAAAAAAAAAAGAAAAAAAGAAAGAAAAUCAUUUGGGGGGAAAAAAAAAAGAAGAACUAACGUUAUAAUGAGUUAAUGCAUGGUACUGUGUUGACUUUCAGGGAAAUUUAAGUAUUUCACCGUUCCCUGAUCAAUAGAUGUUUUAUUUUAAUUUAAUUAUUUAGUCUCUUAUGGAUAAAGCAGGUGUGUAUCAUGCCAUGGAAUUAAAUGAAGCGUAAAGAAAGUUCUGUAAGGGGUGUGUUGGGGGGGGGGGGGGGGGGGGGCGAUUACGUACCUUAUAUUAUUUUCUUAAUAGCAGUGCUUGAGUGUGUGAAGAUUAACAGACGAUGGCAGUGCUGUAAAAGUUGUAGUUGUUGUCUUCAUAUAUAAUCACCCAGCUUAGCGUGUAUGCUGAUGUUCAUGUAUCUGUACGGAUAUGUACAAAUAUCACGCGAAGGAGAAAUAAAAAGAAAAAAUAAACCAAACAAGUGAACAAAUUCAAAGCCAGAGACAGAAUUAGCUGAGAGGUCCAUGGGGAUGUGUUCUGUGUUAUUGUAAAUAAAGCAAGUCCACUACAUUCACCUAAACUCAGUGUUUCAUGAGCAAUGCGAUUUUAUACAACAUUUGUUAGCUCCGCCUUUGCAUUCUAAACUCCACCUCUUUGUUCUGAUUUUUUUUUUUGUCCAUUAACCACGCCCGACUAUUUUAAAUUUUUUCUCAUCUGCUUUUUAACGAUAUAACUGGCCACACCAUAACACCGCCCACACUAUAACUCCAACCCACACCAUUACCCCGCCUACAUCCUAACCCCACCCACUCUUCAUCGUAUAAAAUUGCGUCCUGUGCAAGAUCUAAGGUGGAUUUGCUAAAAGUGUAACAAUGUAACGGUCGUCCUGUGCUAAUUCUGUUUCUGCUGGGGUUUUUUUCUCCCAGCACACCUUCACCCUAAACGCUGUGUGUUGUAUCGACGUAAUGCAUCAACUGAGUGCUUUUAAUAACUGCAUUGUGGAGAAGGUUAGCAAAGAGAGCCUGCAUUAGCUUCUCCUACGAAACAGCUCAAUUACUUGAAGUUUUCCUUUCUGUGUUUCAAUUUUAAGUUAAAAGAUAUGCAGUAAAAUCACAUCAGUUUGUGUUGAAA